AUGCCAAAUUCAAUGCUCCUCAGAGGGGGUAUCGCCUUAAUUCAUGGAGAAAACGAUGUAGUUACCGCGCAAAGGACAGACAUUUUGGUUUCUGGGGGGAAGAUCAAAAAAAUUGGAGAAUCCAUUGAAGCUGGAGGCGCUGAAGUCAUCGAUUGUACUGGAAAACUUAUCUCACCUGGCUUCGUUGAUACGCACCAUCAUUGUUGGCAAACCCAGUUGAAGGGCAGGCAUGCGAACCAUAUGCUUCUUGAAUACAUUCCAACAGGGAACCUUACUGCAUUCCUCUUCGGACCUGACGACGUUUACCUUGGAGAGUUGGGUGGUCUUAUGGAGCUCAUUGAUGCCGGUGUCACCACGGUAGUUGAUCAUUGUCAUGCUAUUUACUCUCCAGAACAUGCCAACGCUGCUUUGAAAGCUACUGUCGAAUCCGGUAUCCGCUCAGUCUUCUGCUACUCCUCCGCAUUCCUUAUCUCCGAAUGGGACCAAAACUCAACAUCGAUAGAUCAAACCCCACUCCCUGACUGGUUUCUUGCACAUCUUGUCAAACUUGCCUCUCAGAAACAUGCUGAAGGGCGAGUCGAGAUUGGUUUUGGCUGGGACCACUUUUUCCUUGGUGAAGAAACCAAUAAGAUGGUAUUUAAGACUGUCCGUGACGCUGGAGUUAAAUUAAUCACGACGCAUUGGGUGAAUGAAUCGCCAAUCUUUGGACCCCGGUCUAGUAUCACCACAAUGGACCAGCAGAGCUUAGUGGGGCCAGAUAUUUUGGUGUCACACGGUAACCAGAUGAACGACGAAGAUGCCACUAUCUUUAAAAAACACGGGAUGUCAGUUUCAUCAACACCAAUGACCGAGCUUCAGAUGGGACAUGGGCUUCCUAUUUGUUACGACCCACGAUUCGAAGAUUGUGCUAGUCUCGGAGUCGACUGCCAUUCUUCGGGCGCUGGGGACAUGAUCACACAAAUGAGAGUCGGGUUACAAGCUGAACGUGGGGUCUUCAAUCAAAAAUACGUUGAGCAGGGGAAGAAUCCUUCUACAUGCAAGCAGACCGUCGAGAAUACUUUUAACCUAGCUACAAUCAAAGGGGCGAGAGCUUGUAAGUUAGGAGACAAGGUCGGAUCGAUUGCAGUUGGGAAGUCAGCGGACUUUGUCAUCUUCGAUACAGAGACCCCAGCGAUGAUAUGUGCUGCUAAAAGGGACCCUAUCGCAGCGAUUGUUCUGCAUUCGAGCAUCAGGGAUAUUGACGCGGUCAUCGUUGAUGGGGUUGUUAGGAAAGCCAACGGGAAGCUGCUACCCGUUGAAACAAAGGAGAAGGAACUAUUGAAUUGGAAGGAUAUUGUCGCUCAAUUAGAAGAAAGCUAUGAACUUAUCGAGGGGAAAGCGAAAAAGCUUAACUAUGAAGAGGCGACGAAGACAGUUGGUAAUGCUUUUCAAUUAAACUGGAAUAGAUUCCCGACAAUCUAA